AUGGGAGACUGGAAUUUCCUUGGAGGCAUUUUAGAGGAGGUCCACAUUCAUUCCACUAUUAUUGGAAAGAUUUGGCUAACGAUCCUCUUCAUAUUUCGAAUGCUUGUCCUUGGAGUGGCAACCGAGGAUGUUUGGAAUGAUGAACAAUCAGAAUUUAUAUGCAAUACUGAGCAGCCUGGUUGCAGAAAUGUGUGCUAUGAUGAGGCCUUUCCCAUCUCUCUCAUAAGAUACUGGGUUUUGCAAGUCAUAUUUGUGUCUUCCCCUUCUUUGGUGUAUAUGGGUCAUGCCUUAUACAGACUAAGAGCAUUGGAAAAAGAGAGGCAGAAAAAGAAAGCUCAGGUAAGGGUGGAACUUGAAAGCACUGAAUUAGAAAUGACUGAAAAUCGUAAAAGACUGGAGAGAGAGCUCCGGCAAUUGGAUCAAAGAAAGCUAAACAAAGCACCCCUAAGAGGCUCUUUGCUCUGCACUUAUGUGAUACAUAUUUUCACAAGAUCUGCAGUGGAAGUUGGCUUUAUGAUUGGGCAGUAUCUUCUUUAUGGUUUUCACUUAGAUCCCCUUUAUAAAUGUCAGAGAGACCCAUGUCCAAACACAGUUGACUGCUUUGUAUCUAGACCAACAGAAAAGACAGUGUUUAUAUUAUUUAUGCAAUCAAUAGCAACUGUAUCAUUGCUUUUAAAUAUUCUAGAAAUUAUCCACUUAGGAUUCCGGAAAAUUAAAAUGGGACUCUGUGAGCAGAAUAAAAACAAAGAUGACUCUGACCAUUUCUACAUAAACAAAUCUAAGAAAUAUUCUGCGAUACCACACUCUUCUUUGGGAAUAUCCACCACCCCUCAGAAAACACUUCCUUGUGCUCUUAGCAGUUAUACCUUUUUGAUGGAAAAGCAAACUGACACUAUGCUCUACCCAGUUUUAAAUUCUCCUUCUAUGUUUCAGUCUGUGCAAAAUAACCGUGCAGAAAGCAGCAGCAAUUACACCCAUUGCAAUCAGGAAAAUAAAUCUCCAAAGAAGAGGCCAGCUACAAAUGCUUUAGACAAUCAGACUCAAAAUGCUAGCACAAAUAAUAACGAAGGCUUUCUUGGUGAGCUUUGGACUGAGACACAUGAUGCACAAGAAGAGGCUGAAAAGAAACAUUUUCUUGUUGAUACUCAGAAUGCAGAUACUGCCUCAAACAUGUACUUGAGAAGCUUUGCUGAGUUGCCAGGUCAAACUUCAUUGCAACCUGGUACAACUUUUCCUAAUGCCGGUUUUAGACGACAGACAAUGGUUGAGGACACAGGAGCACUAACAAAUUCUCUUCCAAAGAACAGGGACAGAAGACAGAGCAGUUUCAGUGUAAACAAAGCCCAAAUUCCUUACAAUGCUGAUGGAAAAAAUUCCAGCCGACCAGACACUUCUGAUUCCAUGGGGGUGGUGAGCUCAGAAUCUACACAAAGCAGAAAUUGGAAUAGUCCUAAGCUUUUGUCUCUGUCUAGGCAACAGUCACUGUCAAGUAAUGCCAGCAGUAGGCGUGCCCCCACUGAUCUUCAAAUAUAG